UACCAACAGUAUCUAUACAUCAGCUAUAUCUGUUAUCAGAAAGUUCUGCCCUGGUUUUUGAAGUAUUUCCCUUACUUUGCACUUGUCAAUUCACUGUUCUUAAUGGCAAGCAACAACUUCUGGUUCCGAUAUCCUAAGACUUCAUCAAAGAUUGAACACUUUUUGUCCAUUCUGAUAAAAUGUUUUGAGUCACCUUGGACCAUCAAGGCUCUCUCUGAAAUAGGUUGCCAGAACUUCCUAGGCACGCGCACAAAUAAUGUUAAGAUGGGGUAUCUAGGACAAUUCAAGUCUCCUUCCCCUUCUCCCAUCCUAGAUUCAAAAGAUCGGGAACUUGGCCAGGCCCUUUUUGAGAAGAUCCGUAGAUUCAGGGCACACACUGAAGGUGGCAGGAUGAUUUAUAGAAUCUAUUUGGGACAAACCAUCUUCAAAACUGCAAAGGUUCUAACUGUGCUAGGUUAUACCUUCAACUGUGUAGGAUCCAUUUCCUUCAAGCAUCUUUGCCUGGCCGAUGUACAAAACGUCAUUGGCUACUCUUCAUUCAUCUGUACCCAUAGCCUGGCUUUCAUUCUGCAGAAAUUGAUAGCUACUUAUAUUUUUUUAGUAUUCCUGUAUGGAAUUGUGGGGGUUUAUUCAUUCCUAUGGCUUUUGUGGCAACCACUGCAGAAAUAUUCUUUUAAGCAAGCACAUGAAGACUGUCGUGUCUUUGAUAUCCCAGAUGGACAGAAUGAUUUUGCUUUUUUGCUACACAUGGCUGACCAGUGUAAUCAACUCUAUUCAUGGCGGCUUGCUAAUUUCUUGUCAGCCAUGCACAAGAAUGACAUGCUGGAUGCAGUCUCCAGUGGUAAAUUGGGAACAAAAGAUAAGGCUGGUUCCCAGUAUCCUCCCCUAUCAUCAAAAUAA